AUGGCUGCUCGUGGUGGUGGUUCGCGCAUCGGUCUUUCCGUCGGCCUAGGCGUCGCCGGCGGUAUUGGAUACUACCUGUAUCAGGCCGGCGGUGACCCCAAGCUGGCCGAGAGGGAGUUUGAGCAUGAUGCCUCGCGCCUGUCUUCCAAGAUCAAGGGCGACCUCCCCGGGAAGGAAAAGGAAGCGAAGACCAGCGCAAAGGUGUUGGGCGAGGAGGCAGGCGAGGCGAUCGAUAAGACGAUCGCUGAAGCGAAGGCCACUACGAGCAAGAUCGACGAGAAGCUCGAGGCGUACCGCGCCCAGGCCGACAAGAAGAUUGGAGAGGUGUCUUCGCAGACGGCCAAGGAGCUGCACUCGGCGGUGGACAAAUUCGACAAGACGGUCGAGGACAAGACAGCCCAGUCGAAGAGCUGGCUCUCAGGAUGGUUCAAAUGA